CAGCAGAGAAGGGAACUCAAGGCGCCUCAACUUUUGCGGCGCGCGCCGUCACUGACCUUGAACGAGAGGAACGCUCGAAACUGAAACGUCGGAGUCGGAAGAGUGUUGUCGGACGUGUGGUUGUGGCCGAAGUGACAAAUUGAUUUUGUGCAACGAAACAGGACUCCUUUUCUAUCUAUGGAUAUUUUUCAAGUUUUCAGAAGGACCUGAGGAACGAGCUGCAACUGUUGCUGCAGACAUACACAGAGGAACAAGAGUACCACGACAUAAGACAGAAGAACCAACGAUAAGCUUAGAGUGAUUCCGGUGGUUUUUGUACACGAAGAUCACCCAAGGCAGUCGCAAUGGCUACCCUAUCCUUGCGUAUCUCCAUCCCGGAGAAAAACGCCACGAAGAUGAUGCAAUUCGACCCAAGCACAUCCGUUUACGACGCUUGCCGUAUUAUCAGAGAGAAACUCGCUGAAGCGGGUAACAUGGGCCAACCGAAGGACUACGGAUUAUUCCUUGCCGACGAGGAUGUGAAGAAGGGCGUAUGGUUGGAGCCAGGCCGAAACCUCGAUUAUUACAUCCUGAGGAACGGCGAUCUGCUCGAGUACAGACGUAAACUGCGGACCCUCAGAGUGCGCAUGUUGGAUGGAACGUUGAAGACGUUGCUAGUGGAUGACAGCCAACCCGUCGCCAAUCUCAUGGUAGUAAUUUGUACGAAGAUAGGUAUCACGAACCACGACGAGUACUCGUUGGUACGUGAGCUAGUCGACGAAGAGACCGAGAAUCAAAAGCCGGGCAAUUUUGGCACCCUUACCCUGAAGAGGAGGAAAGAGGAGAAAGGCGAACGAGACGCGAAGAUGGAUCAGUUGAGGAAGAAGCUGAAGACUGAUGACGAAGUGAAUUGGAUAGAUCCUAGUAAGACGUUACGAGAGCAAGGAAUAGACGAGUCAGAAACGGUGCUGCUACGGCGAAAGUUUUUCUUCUCCGAUCAAAAUAUCGACAGCCGAGAUCCGGUGCAAUUAUCUCUUUUAUACGUUCAAGCAAGAGAUGCAAUUCUAGAUGGCACGCAUCCGGUUACUCAGGAAAAAGCUUGUACUUUCGCUGGGAUACAAUGCCAGAUCCAGUUUGGUGAUCACAAGGAGGACAAGCAUAAGCCCGGCUUCCUCGACCUCAAGGAAUUUCUACCGCAGUCUUAUUUGAAAGUGAAGGGAAUUGAAAAGAAAGUCUUUGCAGAGCACAAGAAACAUAUUGGUCUCUCUGAAUUAGAUGCCAAAGUUCUAUACACGAAAACAGCAAGGUCCCUAAGCACUUACGGUGUCACGUUCUUUUUGGUUAAAGAGAAAAUGAAAGGGAAAAAUAAACUGGUGCCUCGUUUGCUUGGUGUCACUAAAGACUCUGUCUUGCGACUCGAUGAAAAGACGAAAGAAAUAUUGAAAACCUGGCCGCUAACUACCGUCCGACGUUGGGGUGCCUCUCCAAACACUUUCACACUUGAUUUUGGCGACUAUUCCGAUCAAUAUUACAGUGUACAAACCACGGAAGCAGAACAGAUUCUUCAAUUGAUCUCUGGAUAUAUCGAUAUCAUCCUGAAGAAACAGAAAGCUAAAGAUCACUUUGGUAUUGAAGGUGAUGAAGGCUCUACCAUGGUCGAGGAUAGCGUAGCACCUUUGAAAGCAACAAUUAUGCAACACGAAACGAGUAACGUUGGCAAAGGAAACGUGGAAGCAGUAUCAGUCGCUAUACCAGCAGUCAUGAGAGCUGGAGGAGAUGGUGCUCGACCAUAUGGGACUGGGCACAUGGGCGGUGCUCAAUAUACGACUGUCAGCGGCCAGGUGAACAUCGCUCACGCUCCACCGAUGGUGCAACAAACCAAGGUCACAUCCGUCCUAUCUGAACCACAACGUGCCUUACUAUCAACAAUCACCGCCGGUCACGAGGUGAUCCACAUCGCGGAAACCGAGUUAUCAUGCAAGGCUCCACUUCCGGAAUUGGGAACCGAUCCGGCCUCUUUGAAAUGGAUCGAACAGACCAUAGACACGCACAAGCAGAACGUAGGUUCACAGAUUGCGGCGAUGAACGCCGCUACAGCUCAGGUAGUCACCCUGACCUCGGGUCCAGCCGACGAUGUAGAUCACACAGCGGUGGGUGCAGCGAUCACCACGAUCGCUACCAACCUUCCAGAAAUGACCAAGGGUGUCAGGAUGAUUGCUGCUCUAAUGGAAGAUGAGUCUUCCGGGGAUAGACUCUUAGAUGCAGCCAGGAAGCUCUGCUCUGCGUUCUCUGAUUUGCUGAAGGCCACUGAACCUGAAACUAAGGAGCCAAGACAGAAUCUCUUGAACGCUGCGUCUCGCGUUGGCGAGGCCUCUCACCAAGUUCUAACCACCAUCGGUGAAGAGAACGAUUCAAACCGAGAACUGCAGGAUAUGUUACUAGCCCUAGCUAAGGCAGUCGCCAACUCCACUGCUGCUUUAGUUCUCAAAGCCAAGAACAUCGCAGCCACUUGCGAAGACUCAGCAACCCAAAACCGUGUGAUAUCAGCCGCCACACAAUGUGCCCUAGCCACCUCCCAAUUAGUAGCCUGCGCUAAAGUAGUAGCACCGACCCUACACUCUCCAGCCUGUCAAACACAACUGAUGAACGCGGUCAGAGAAGUAACAAAAGCAGUAGAAGGUCUGUUGGAAGUAUGCAAUGAAACAUGCGGUGAUGAGAAUCUAUUGAAAGAACUAAACGCUGCUGCCAGUGAAGUGAGCAGGACACUGAAUGAUUUAUUAAAUCACAUAAAAACCGCCACCAGAGGCGAACGAGCUAAAGAAACCAUCCAGGAAGGAGCAGUGGAGACGAUAUUCGUGGCAACUGACAAGUUGUUCGCCAGCACUGGAGACGCUGGAGAGAUGGUUAGGCAGGCAAGAGUUGUGGGCCAGGCAACAGCCCAACUGAUCCAGAGCAUUAAGGGUGAGGCUGAGAGGCAGACUGAUUCAGAACAGCAGAGACGAUUGCUAGCUGCUGCAAAGAUGCUGGCUGAUGCCACUGCCAAGAUGGUAGAGGCUGCUAGACAAUGCGCCAGUAGCCCACACGACGCGAAGAUGCAGGACCAACUACGCCAAGCUGCUGAGGAACUUAGGGUAGCGACAACCGCAGCUGCCACUCCAGCCUUGAGAAGGAAACUCAUAUGCAGAUUGGAGGCCUGCGCCAAACAGGCUGCAGCCACUGCUACCCAGUGCAUAGCCGCUUCAUCAGGUGCAGCACAUCAUAAUACAAAUCCGUCUAGUCAGGAAGAACUAAAUGCAGAAUGCUUGACAAUGGCGCAGCAUAUACCUAGCCUGGUGGCUGGGGUGAAGGGGACACAGGCUCAGCCAGAUAACUCUUCAGCUCAACUGAACUUAAUAAAUGCUUCUGAACAGUUCCUACAACCUGGUACAUCUGUUGUGAAAGCUGCCAGGGCGGUACUACCAACAGUCACCGAUCAGGCCUCUGCUAUGCAAUUGAACAACACUUCUCAGCAGUUAGGUGCUUCUCUGUCUGACCUGAGAUCAGCUGUGACCCGUGCCAGGGAAGCUUGCGGUGGUCUGGAAUUGGACGCAGCUGAAGAGCUUAUUAAUAGCCUAAAGGAUGAGUUGGGAGAGUUCUAUAGAGCAGUUGAGGCUGCCUCUCUGAGACCACUACCUGAUGAGACCACAGAAUCCACAGCUCUUCGACUAGGCGCUACGUCAAAGAACGUCGGAUUCGCAAUGGCCCAGCUCUUGUCCGCCGCCAAACAAGGAAACGAGAACUACACCGGAAGCGCAGCAAGAGAAACCGCGUCCGCACUUAAGGAUCUAACUUAUGCUGUCCGUGGAGUGGCUGCUACAUCGAAUCAGCCUGAUACGCAGAAGAAGGUGCUGAUGACUGCUGAUGAUGUGAUUCUUAAGUCUCUGAGACUGGUUAAGGAAGCCAAACGAGCUCUGAAGAGUCCUGAUAAUCCAGACAAUGAAGCCAAUUUGGCUGCUGUUGCUAAGGAUGUGUCAAAUUCAUUGAACAAAUGUGUAUCUUGUUUACCUGGACAAAGGGACGUCGAUGAGGCGAUCAAGAAUAUUGAAGACAUGACUCAGGUUCUCGGUAUGAACGAGUUCCCGCAGACCAACAAGAGUUAUGGGCAAUUGCAGAACGACCUGAACAACGCAGCCGCAAACCUAAACGAUGCUUCAUCAAAUGUAGUAUCUUCAGUGCGAUCCCCAGUACAGUUGGCAAGCUCCUCAAAACAAUUCACCAACGCCUUCGGUGAUCUGUUAGGCGUAGGAAUGGAGAUGGCUGGACAGACAACCAUUGAAACUCGAAGCCAAAUGGUAGUGUCCCUGAAGAACGUGAGCAUGACCUCUAGCAAGCUUCUAGUGACCGCCAAAUCAGUAGCAGCCGAUCCAGGUGCACCAAAUGCGAAGAAUCAGCUCUCUGCAGCUGCUAGAGCCGUAACAGACUCCAUCAACUAUCUAGUAGAUGUCUGUACCUCUGCUGCCCCUGGCCAGAACGAGUGUGACAACGCCAUCAGGAAUAUCCAGUCGAUGAGGUCACUUCUGGACAAUCCCAACGAGCCAGUUUCCGAAGCAACUUAUUUCGAGUGCCUUGAGACUGUGAUGGAAAAGAGCAAGAGCCUGGGUGAUGGUAUGACAGGUAUAGCCAAUCACGCAAAGAAGUCUGAACACGAGCAGUUCUCUGUAGCCGUUCGAGGAGUAUCUUCAUCUAUUUGCGGAUUGAUCGAGGCAGCAGCUCAAGCAGCCUACUUAGCUGGUGUAAGUGAUCCUACAUCAGUGGCUGGAAAACCAGGUCUAGUAGAUCGGGCUCAGUUCCUCAGGGCUGCUCAGGCUAUUCACACUGGCUGCCAGAGCCUUGGAAAUCCUACCAGCACAGAGCAACAGGUUCUUUCAGCAGCUACUAUGAUUGCCAAGUACACUAGCGCCCUUUGCAACGCCUGUCGCGAGGCCUCUAACAAAACCAGCAAUCCAGUUGCAAAGAAACACUUCGUCCAGUCAGCUAAAGAUGUUGCUAACUCCACUUCAGCUUUAGUGAAGGAGAUCAAGGCGUUGGAUUCGGACUACUCCGAGGCCAACAGGGAGAGGUGUGCAGAGGCUACUAAGCCUCUUUUGGAAGCUGUCGACAAUCUCUGUACCUUUGCCAGCUCCCCAGAGUUCGCCAGUCACCCGGCGAAGAUAUCUAUUGCUGCUAGAGCUGCCCAGGAACCAAUUACCAGCGCUGGUAAAGCUAUCAUCGACGGUUCUUGCGCGAUGGUGCGGGCUGCGAAGAGUCUGGCGAUCAGUCCUAAAGAUCCUCCAACCUGGCAGCUGCUAGCUAAUCACAGCAAGAGUGUCAGUGAUUCUAUAAAGUCUUUAGUCGCUUCCAUUCGCGACAAGGCACCCGGACAGAAGGAAUGUGACGCAGCGAUUGAGAAAUUAUCUGCCAGAAUCCGGGAAUUGGAUGCAGCUUCUCUUAGCGCCGUUUCGCAAGCCCUGUUACCCCGAAGGGAGAACACGGUUCAAGGAUUCACUGAUCAGAUGGAGAGUAGCGCUAGUGAACUUCGCGAGAAGCUGGAGCCUCUUCGAACAGCUGCCAAAUAUGAAGCUGAAAAUGUCGGUCAUGCUGUCAGUCAGAUUGCUCUAUAUUGCGAGCCUUUGGUCUCUGGUGCUAUCGGUGCUGCCUCCAACAUGGUGCACUCCAAGCAACAAAUGGUGCUUCUGGAUCAAACUAAAACUGUCGCUGAGUCUGCUCUUCAGCUUGUCUGCGUGACCAAAGAGUCUGGUGGCAAUCCAAAGGCCAUCAACUUGCACGCAGAAGUGGACGAGACUGUGGAAUCUAUGAAGGACGCGCUUCAGGAACUGCAGAAUACUUUGGAGACCAUCUCGACGUCCAAUGGUAUUGUUACUGGACUCAUUGAUACCAUUUCUAGGGCGAUGGUUAGACUGGAAGAUCACAGAAUGUCAACCAUCGACACAGUUGAUUCUUAUGUGGAUUAUCAGACGAGGAUGGUGGAGGCUGCUAAGGAGAUAGCUCGACUGGCCCAAGAAAUGUCCACAAAGUCUAGCACAGACGUGACCAGACUGGCUUCCCUCGCAGUGGACAUUUCCCACAAGUACACUCAGCUAGCUCGCGAUACAUCCGGUGCUUCUGCAGCUGCAUCAAACGCCGAUGUGUCUUCAAGGCUUCGCACAGGUGUUCAGGAACUCGGUAGAGCCUGUGCCGACAUAGUCAGUGCAGCAGGGACCUGCCAGAUGUCACCUGGAGAUGCUUAUGCCCAGAGAGAAGUUGCAGAGCAAAGUAAAAUCGUGACAGAGAAGGUGUCUCAGGUGUUGGCAGCUCUUCAAGCUGGCUCCAGAGGCACCCAGGCGUGCAUCAACGCAGCGAGCACUGUAUCCGGAAUCAUCGGCGACCUGGACACCACCAUCAUGUUCGCCACAGCUGGAACUCUUCAUGCGGAGAACGAAGGAGACACUUUUGCUGAUCAUAGAGAGAAUAUUCUGAAGACUGCCAAGGCUCUUGUUGAAGACACUAAGACUCUGGUAGCUGGAGCAGCAUCCUCUCAGGAACAACUAGCAGUCGCAGCACAGAAUGCUGUAUCAACCAUUGUCCAACUAGCUGAAGUUGUUAAAUAUGGCGCUGCUAGUUUAGGCAGUCAAAAUCCAGAGGCUCAGGUGAUGCUGAUCAAUGCUGUGAAGGAUGUUGCUUCUGCACUUGGGGAUCUGAUACAUGCUACCAAGGCUGCCAGUGGGAAACCUAUCAAUGAUCCCAGUAUGGCGCAUCUGAAAGACUCUGCCAAGGUGAUGGUGACCAACGUAACAUCCCUGCUGAAGACAGUAAAAGCUGUGGAGGAUGAGCACACACGAGGGACCAGAGCCCUGGAAUCUACCAUCGAAGCCAUAGCCCAGGAAAUCCGUGCUCUGAACACCUCAGAAUGCCAAAGGCUUAAUGUAACCCCUGAAGAUCUUGUCCGUUGCACGAAGAGCAUCACCAUCUCAACUGCAAAAGCAGUGGCUGCUGGGAAUAGUUGCAAGCAAGAUGACAUAAUUGCAGCUGCUAAUAUGGGACGAAAGGCUAUCAGUGACAUGUUAACGAUUUGCAAAGGAGCAGCCUUGAAUUGUGCAGAAACAGCUGAACUGAGAGACAGGACUCUUCAGGCUGGCCACGAUGUUGCAAUUAAUUAUAGAGAACUGUUGCAAGCUAUCCUGCAAAUCUCUUCAAGAUCUGGUGAUGCGAAGCACAUGUUGCCACCUAUUUCUAGGAAGAUUGCUCAGAGUGUGACAGAGUUGGUAGCUGUGGCUGAGUUGUUGAAGGGUAAUGACUGGGUGGACCCUGAUGACCCAACGGUGAUCGCUGAGAACGAGUUGCUGGGUGCUGCUGCCAGUAUCGAUGCUGCUGCUAAGAAGCUUGCUAGUUUGAGACCAAGGAGAAGCAUACAGGAAGCUAACGAAGACAUGAACUUCGACGAGAUGAUCCUGGAAGCAGCAAAAUCAAUCGCAGCAGCAACCUCAGCGCUGAUAAAAGCAGCAAGCGCUGCUCAGAGAGAGUUGAUAGCGACAGGAAAGGUAUCUCGAACACCUCUGACCAGUUCAGAUGACGGCCAGUGGUCCGAAGGCUUAAUAUCUGCCGCAAGAAUGGUGGCAGCAGCAACACACAGCCUCGUAGAGUCAGCAAAUGCGUUGGUCCAAGGCGUAAGUUCGGAAGAAAAACUGAUUUCCAGUGCUAAACAAGUAGCUAGCAGCACAGCCCAGCUGCUGGUUGCUUGCAAAGUGAAGGCAGACCCUGAUAGCGACAGCACAAAGAGAUUACAAGCUGCUGGCAAUGCUGUGAAACGCGCCACGGAUAACCUGGUCCGAGCUGCACAACAAGCUAUCCAACAGGAGGAAGAUAGAUCUUUGAUCCUCAAUCGCAGGAUGGUGGGUGGAAUCGCGCAGGAGAUAAACGCCAGGUCAGAAGUCCUUCGUAUCGAAAGGGAACUUGAGGAAGCUAGAGGAAGAUUGACAGCAAUUCGGCAGGCGAAGUACAAGAACCGUCCAGACCUGGCUACUACCGAUACUGAAGCUGAACAGAGUGGCUACGAAAGCUAUUCAAGCAGCAGGCAGAACUUGGUCAGUCCCGAGAAAGUCUACUCCACCCAGAGCACCCUGGAGAGGAAGAUGAAGGACAGCCAAUACAGGUCCAGCAUGGAGAACCAAUAUGGAUCAUUUGACAGAAAAUACAGUAUGGAGAAUCAGUAUGAUAAACGAUAUGGUACAGAGAGUCCAUACAUUACAUCUGACAAAAGGAUUGGCAUGGAUGGUGCAGCCAGCCAAUACAGUACUUUAAAGAGCUAUGAUAUGGUGGACAGGUUCUCUGGACACAGUCCCAUGAGCACUUUUAAGUCCGAAAAACAAAGUUUUAGUGCUCUCCCACAAAAUCAGUCUUUCAGAAACGUGGAGUCCAAAUUGAUACCUGGUGGACGAAUGGAGACAAUCACAACAAAGAUGUACACGUCCACUCCUGGCAAGACCAGCAGCUCUAACUUUGAGUCCUCAGAGGAGACCAAAGAGUUUGCUACCUCUGGUAACGAGCUGUCCACCUUCAAAGCUAUUGACAAUGAAUCUCUUGAAGAACGCCUGACGAAACAAUCGAUGAUGCAUAAGGUCACUGAGAAGAAAACUGUAACCAUGACAAUGUCUAGCAGACAGGAGUCGAACACCAAGACAUUCCGGUUCGAGGAGAAGUAAGUGAAUGUUGAAGAAGAAUGUUCCUGCUGAAGGAACCGCAUACACGUUGUCCUUUGAUGCACAAAUAGCCUAUGGGGCUUCUGGUUGGGUAUUUUUAAUGUAAGAAAGCUCCCCAACUGAUGGAAAGUAGUUGUUACAUGUAUUUUCAUACAAGCUAUGGUAAUCAGGUAAUGUGUAAUUAAUUAACCUAAAAGAGGUAAACAGGGGAAUGUUUAGAACUGAAGGUUAUGCUCUUGCUUGAGACUUUUAAUUAAAUUUUAUUGGAUAAUGUUAACAGGGUUACUAUUUGUUGAUUCGAAAGGUUAAUUGUGUAUAUUUAAAAUGAAAUUUGAUUUGUAUGAAUCUUCUUGCUUCAAAACUGUGACAUCUAAAUAUAAUGGAAGAAUUCUUUUAAAGAGGAAAUUGGGACAAUUCAUCUACUUGAAAUGACUGAAAUAAGGUUCAAGAGACAAGUUUUGAACAUUCCUUGAUCAUGGAUCUAGUAAUGGUCAUAAAACGGAAUUGAAAGAUAUUGUAAAAGGGUAGCUGAACAUUACCGAUGUAACAGACUAUUUAGCAUUUGAUAGUAACAAUUAUUAAAAAUUGUACGGAUCCCGUUAACAAAGCUAUUCAUGCUUUUCACUUUGAUUGGAUAAAAUUAAACAAAAUGGAAACGACUAUGCCAACAAUGUCAAAAUUACCUUGCUAAACGGAAACGUACGAUUAGGUCAAUUAAAAUGAUAUUCCUCGUAAGUACAAGUAUUAACAAGAUAAUCAGUUCAAUGUGUUAAUCUAAUUUUCAAAUCAAUUUUAUAUGGAGAAUCUUCAGAAUCAUGUUAUUACUGUCACCCCAUGCACAACAAAUUCGUCCCAAAUACAUAGAAGAAUAUAUUCUAACGCCUUUGUACGAUAAUUCUAUUAUAGCGAAGAAGAUAGAAGUGUCCUUAGAUAGAGAUAACUGUGUGCUUUCAAAAUUAGACUUGUUAAGAAUAAUUAUCGUCUCUUAAAGAUGGACAAUAAUCGUCCCCUUUGCGAAUUGAUUAAUUCAAUGUAAUAAUCGCAAUUAUACGCGUUUCUUUAAUAUUUUUCCACUGACUAUUUAAAAAUUUUUGAUAAAGUAUUACAUUUUCGUCUUUUGGACAAACUUUUUCUAAAGAAACUACAAGUUUUAGAGUUAUAGAAUCAACAACAUUCUUUUAAAAAAUUUUAUUCAAUUGUUUGUUACACCUUUCAAAGGAAUUGCAAGUAAUUUCUAUUAAAUUGUUCAUAUGUGUCGUCUUCACCCUGAAAGCAUCGUGCGCCGCAGAUACAUGGUACACGUGAUUUUUAAUUUAGCUCUAAUUUAUCUUAACUUUAAGUUUAAGACCACGGAUUGACAAGAGAAGCAACAUAUCAUUUUAUUUUAUUAACUUUCCGACACCGUGCGGCCUGCUCCCACGGUGGUGUCUUCGACCCCCCUUUUUAACAUUUUUCCCUUUAUUUCCCCGGGAUUAACAUUAAUUUUUAAGUGCAUCUUUUUAUUCUAUCUGUUGCUUAUACUUUUUUCUUUUAUUACCCGCUGUUUAUACCAUUCGUCAUUCGCGGUGGCUCGUUUUCGAUGACUUUUUAAUUGAUCGUUCAGUCAUUAACCUCUUUCCAUCAAGAUUGCCGAAUUUUAUAUAAAAAUAUUCAGUAAAUAAAGAAAACCAUGUAUCUGGAAUAAUUUCAAAAUAGUUUUUCUUCUAAAUGAGCCAUUUUAAAAAAUGCUGUAUAAGAGGCUAAUAAUUGGACAGAAUUAUUCCAAGUGAUCAAUUAGUACAAUUAUCAUUAGUCUUUCGAGGGUAGACGAAUUGUAAAUAGGUGUUAGAUAUUUUGCAUAAAAUUUUCGAUGUUCUUGUAUAAAAUGCAAAAGGUCAUUUAGGAAAAAUGAAAAUUAUUAAUUAAAUGAAAAGUGCCUGAGCCAGAUGAGCUGCCGCUUUUUCACGUAUUCGUAGCAAACGUAGGAUUUUUGAAUAUUACCAAAAAUCAAAUGCUUUACUAAUGUUCGAUAGUGUAAUUAAGUGAAAAGAAUUUUUUAAAAGUGUACUUCCCUUUAUGGGAGAGAAAUUGUUUGAAAAUUCGAAGAGACACAAUUUUUUUAUUGUCUAGGCUCUUCUAAGGGGAUGCAGAUAUACAGGGUGUUACAGAAUUAGGGAUAAGAUUAGCAUAACAUUGAUAAAAAAUAGAAAUAAUGUUUUUAAUAUUUCAAGAAGGAAACAGUUAAUUUAUAAUUUUACAAAUCAAUAAUUCUGGAACAACCUGUGCAUACAAUGAUCCAUACAUCUGUUUAUGUAAUUAUAUAAAAGGGUAACAUUUAUUUAUUUAAAAUAUACAGUAAUGAUUUAAUGAUACAUAAAACGAAUUAUUAAAGUGCAAAAUAUAAAAAUGAAAGUAAGUGAACAGAUAUGUGGGUCACAAUAAAUAUAUAAACAACUGCAUUUAGGGUAAUAUAUUUUGAGAACGAUCGCCAAUCGUGUUUUUAUUUUAUAUACGUCUAUCUAUAGGUGUGUGCCAUGAUAUAUAAAUAAAGAAAAAUUAUACAUGAUAAUUGUAUGAUAGAUUAUACUAUAUAUAAUAUAUGUCGUUAACGUAUUAAAAAAAUGAAUAUGAUAAAGUGGCAAAUGCAACGAGAGGAUUUUUAUAGUUUUUAACACUGUAUCAUUGUUUUUUUGACAAUUCAGAUUUAUAUACAGAAUGUUUUUAAUCGUUAUAUUUAGUACAAUUGAUUAAGCCUUACAUGUCUAUUAUUGUGGAAUGUUACAAGUUGUAAUAUUAUAUUAUUAUCAUAUUAUUAUUAUUAUUAUUAUGAGUAUUUACGAAUACAAUUAUUAGCCUUAAUUACAAUUCAGGUAAUAAAGAAUUUCUAACA